GUCUCAAUGUGUGUGUGUGUGUGUGUGUGUGCGUGUGCUCGUUGCUGUGUGAAACGAGGAGAGAAAAAAAGAGGCCAACUUGUGCUCCGUGAACAGCAAAAAUGGGACAAACAACGAGAAGCUCCGCUCAAGCUAAGCUAAGUUAGCCUCUUAGCUCGUCUUUUCUGCGUUUAGCGAAGCCACAAAGCGCAGCGUUCGAGUAGUAUCUGGAUGCGACGGCGCCGGUUAAAGAACGCAGACUAUGAACUGCGAGUCACAACACAACAGAACACUGGUGACUUGUGCGCGACGUUUCACUUCCUGAUACAACAAAACGCCGCCAGCCGCGUUGCAUUGUGGUCAACGUCGACGGACUCACGAUGACGUCGUCCGUGUAAAAGAGUCAGCGUCGACGACGCGUUUUUCGAGCGACACGCCACUUUUCGUCGUUUCAUUCGUUUUUCACCGACGCGAACGGAGCGAGUAUUUGUACGGUGGCUCGUCCACGUUUGGACGACGUCGCGUUCAAGUAGAACUGCAACACCCACAAUGCACCAGCGCGACGUCACUUGUUUCGCAAGGCGAGUGGCUGGCUAGAGAAAAAACAGCCGCUUCCGUGUUGGUCUUGUUCGCUAGCAGCGUUUUGACAACUCGGCGCCGCCAUGAGCGUGUCUUUGUGAAGCUCGGACUUCACGCGACCACCUCCUCGUUCCGACAUGUCGCUGCAGCAGAGCUCCAAGAGGAAAGACAAGCGCAUUCUGUCGGCCACCUGCCCGGACCCCAAGUGUCAGGCGAGCCUGUUCUUCCCGGCUCACGGCUCCGUUAGCAUCGAGUGCACCGAGUGCGGCCAGCGGCACGAGCAGAAGAACCUUCUCAAUGUCCAGGAGGUAACCGAUCCAGAUGUGGUGCUCCACAACCUGCUCAGGAACGCCCUGCUGGGCGUCACCGGCGCCCCCAAGAAAGGCACCGAGCUGGUCAAGGUGAUGGGGCUGUCCAACUACCACUGCAAGCUGCUCUCGCCGGUUCUGACCCGCUACGGCAUGGACAAGCAGAGCGGCAAAGCCAAGCUGCUGAGGGACAUGAACCAGGGCGAGAUGUUCGACUGCUCGCUGCUGGGCGACCGGGCCUUCCUCAUCGAGCCGGACCACGUGUCCACCGUGGGCUACGGCAAGGACCGCUCCGGAAGCCUGCUCUACCUCCACGACACCCUGGACGAGAUCAAGCGGGCCAACGCAAACCGGGAGUGUCUCAUUCCCGUCCACGUGGACGGAGACGGACACUGCCUGGUGCACGCCGUGUCGCGGGCGCUGGUAGGCCGGGAACUCUUCUGGCACGCCCUGCGGGAGAACCUCAAGCAGAACUUCAAGCAGAACCUGGGCCGCUACAAGGCCCUCUUCCAGGACUUCAUCGACGCCGCGGAGUGGGAGGACAUCAUCAACGAGUGCGACCCGCUGUUCGUCCCGCCCGAAGGCGUCCCGCUGGGACUGCGCAACAUCCACAUUUUUGGGCUGGCCAACGUCCUGCACCGACCCAUCGUCCUGCUGGACUCGCUGAGCGGCAUGAGGAGCUCCGGAGAUUACUCGGCCACCUUCCUGCCGGGCCUGGUGGCCGAGGAGCGGUGCCGCGCCAAAGACGACAAGCUCAACAAGCCCAUUUGCAUCGCCUGGAGCAGCUCCGGCCGCAACCACUACAUACCGCUCGUGGGCAUCAAGAACACGGCGCUGCCCAGGCUCCCUGCCCACCUGCUCCCCAAGGCCUGGGGGGUCCCGCAGCAACUCAUCAGGAAGUACAUCAAGCUGGAGGCGGACGGCGGCUGCGUGAUCGGCGGCGACCGCAGCCUGCAGGACAAGUAUGUCAUGCGACUGGUGGGCGCCAUGGAGGAAGUGUUCAUGGAGAAGCACGGCAUCCACCCGGCGCUGGUGGCCGACAUGCACCAGUGGGUCUACCGCCGCACCGGCGUCAUCGGCAUCCAGCCCGAGGAGGUGACCGAGGCGGCCAAGAAGUCUGUGGCGGAGAACCGCCUGCACCGCUGCCUGAUCUGCGGCGCCCUCUCAGAGCUCCACGUUCCGCCCGACUGGCUGGUGCCGGGCGGCAAGCUCUACGACCUGGCCGAGUCCACGCACGGCCGGCUGCGGCCCGACAAGAACUACAGCUUCCCGCUCAACAACGUGGUGUGCUCUUAUGACCCGCGCAGCGACGCCCUCCUGCCCGACUACAAGCUCAGCUCGCUCAACACGUGCAACUGGUGCCACGGCACCUCGGUGCGCCACAUCCGGGGCGACGGCCUGGUGGUCUACCUGGACGGGGACCGGACCAACGCGCGCUCGCAGGGCGGCAAGUGCGGCUGCGGCUUUAAGCACUUCUGGGAGGGCAAGGAGUACGACAACCUCCCGGAGGCCUUCCCCAUCACGCUGGAGUGGGGCGGCCGGCCGGUCCGGGAGACGGUGCACUGGUUCCAGUACGAGGGCGACCCGGCGCUCAACAGCAACGUGUACGACGUGGCCACCAAGCUGGUCACCAAGCACUUCCCGGGCGAGUUCGGCAGCGAGAUCCUGGUGCAGAAGGUGGUCAACACCAUCCUGCGUCACACCGCCAAGAAGAACCCGGACGAGUACAACCCCGUGUCGGUGGACGGCGCCCACGUCCGGCGCCUGGCCGGCGCCGCCGCCGAGGGACCGCCCGACCCGCCGCCGCAGGACCCGCCCUCCAAAAUCAUCCUGACGGGGCCCAAGGCCAAGACGCUGCACAAGGAGGAGCUGACCAUGAGCCGGGCCGAGCGCAGCCUCCAGCAGAGCAUCAGCGAGCAGGCGUCGGUCUCGCAGCGACGCCGCGCCGAGCCUGUCGAGCCGGACCCCGAGGAGCGCUCCCCUGAGACUUCGGCGCCGGCCACCCCUGCCAAGUCUUCGGUCGCUCCGGCGCCGUCCGGCGGGGAGAAGAAGAUCCGCGUGAGCACCGGCGACGGCAGGACGGCCACGCUAACCCUGGGGCCCCGCGCCUCCUACUCGGAGCUUCGCGGCAGCAUCGCCGAGCACUUCGGGGUGGCGCCGGCCCGGCAGCGCAUCCGCUACGGCUUCCCGCCCAAGGAGCUGCCGCCGCCCGCCGCCGGCGGGGAGGAGGAGCCGGUGGCGCUGCGGCACGGCGACCGGGUCACACUGGAGAUCCUGAGGGGCGCCGAGGACCAGGGCCCGCCCGCCCUCGGACCAGCGGCCCGGCCGCCUCCCCGGCCCGCCGGGAGCGAGGACGAGGUCUCCUCGGCCGGGAUGAGCGAGCGAGACCUUCAGGACAGCAUCGACCUUGAGAUGUCCUCACUCUGCCUGCUGGCGACCUUGAUGGGCGAGGACGUGUGGUCGUACGCCAAGAAGCUGCCGCACUUGUUCCAGCAGGGCGGAGUCUUCUACAACAUCGUUAAGAAGGACAUGGGUCUGAUGAACGGGAAGCAUUGCACGCUGCCCCACCUGACGGGGCGCACCUUCGUGUACAACGCGGCGGAGGCGCGCGUGGAGCUGUGCGUGGACGCCGCCGGCCACUUCGAGGUGCGCGCCGACGUGGAGGAGCGCGUGAAGGAGGCGCUGGCGCGGCUGCGCUCGGACGCCUCCGGGGGGGGCAGCAGGGAGGGCAGCCCGGCGCAUGGCGCCCUGCGACUGGGCGGCGGCGGCGUGGUGCGCAAAAAGGAGCAGCUGCACGCUGUCCAGGCCUUCCAGGGAAAAGGCCACUCGCUGGGCAGCCGCGGCGCCUCCCCCCCGCCGCCGCCGGACCGCCGGCCCAUCACGCGCCAGCACAGCAGCGGCGUGGACCUCAGCGCCAGCGUGUCGCGCGGGCCCCCCGACCCGUCGGACAUCCCCGAGGACGCCGGCCGGGAGCUGGUGCGCGUGGCCCCGGGCUUCGUGACGAUGAAGGACGGCGGCGGCCUGGACCCCGCCCUCAUGGAGCAGCAGCGCCGCAAACUCCAGGAAAUGGUCUCCUCCAUCCAAGCCUCCAUGGAGCGCCACCUGCGCCGCCGACCCGCAGCCGGGGGACGGACGAUCGGCGCGCGGGAAGCCGCCGCCGGGAAGACGGAGGACGAGGACGAGAUGGAGAGCCAGGACGGAGAGCAGGGCGAACCCAUGGACCACUCCUGAUCUCGGCCCGACGCCGCGCUGCCCCCACAGCUUUGCCAUAAUAAAGGACAACAAAUGAAAAUCGAAGGAUGACAAGAAUCAGGUGACUUUCAAAAGAAUCCAGUUUGAAUUGGAACUUGAUUGAUCUGAAGAGUGAAGGAACAACAACAAGCAGCCUUUUGUUCGUUCGACUCAACUUCAACAUUUUGCCGUUUGCGCGCGUGUUGAAUUUACAAUAAAA